UUGGCUCAGAGAAUAGAGCAAAGACACCGGUGUGAAGCUGAACUAAGAGCAAGGAUUGAGCAACUGGAGAAACGUCAGACACAGGAUGAUGCAGUUUUAUGUGUUGUUAAUCGUUACUGGAAUUUAUUGAAUGAAGACAUCAGGGUUUUGCUGCAACGAUUUGAUGCCGAAACUGCUGAUGAAUCAGAAAAUAAGAAUGAGAAUGAAGCAACCACUUCAUUCUUAAUGCAGUUGUCAACCUGGGAUAAGGAGGAGUUGGAUGCCCAGUUAGCAAACAGAGUGCAAGUUAGCAAAAGAGCGGUGGCUAAAGUUUUGCAAGCAUUUGACAGGUUACAGCAAAGAAAUGAUAAGAUUUGGAGGGCUAUUAAGGGCGAGGGAGAAGAAGGAGCACCCGCGCCAUCCUUGGAUGAAGUCGUUCGUGCGACGAACGAAGAGGUGACAGCAGAAAACCGUCAUCUACAAGCCUUAAGCACAACGUUACAUGAAAGCCAUCAUGCGAUGACACUUCGUGUGGCACAAUUACAAGAUGCUGUUAACAGUCGCGAUACUGAGAAUGCAGAAUUAAAGAAUCAGAUUGAUGAUUUGCAGUACGAGCUAAUGAAGGUGAGAUCAAGAAACGACAAAUUAGAGAAUCACUUGGCCGAGGCAAUAGAAAAGCUCAAAAGCUACCACCAAUCAGGUGCCAGUGCGAGUAGUGGUAGCGGCGGUACAGGGUCAGGUGGGGCUACGCCUCUCUCAGCCGCAGCGGCCGCUAAGUUAGAAGAUGUGGCGGCCGAAUUGGAGGAACAACGUGAACUAGCCAACAACCGCCUUGCUGAACUUGACCGUCUACACCGCCAACAUAGAGACACAUUGAAAGAAGUUGAGAAGCUUAAGAUGGAUAUACGACAGUUGCCAGAAUCGGUGAUUGUUGAGACUACAGAGUACAAAUGUCUGCAGAGCCAGUUCUCAGUAUUGUACAAUGAGUCCAUGCAAAUGAAGACUGCACUUGAUGAGACACGUCUGCAAUUACAAAAUGCGAAAAACUUACAUAUGAGGCAGAUUGAAAUGAUGGAGAGUGAAGAAUUAGCUAGACAAAAAGCACUACGAGCUGAAAUGAUACAAUUGGAGGAUGUAUUAGGUCAAUUGAGGAAAGAGUAUGAGAUGUUAAGGAUAGAAUUUGAGCAGAACUUAGCUGCUAAUGAACAAACGGGCCCCAUCAACAGAGAGAUGAGGCAUUUGAUAACUUCACUACAGAACCAUAACCAACAGUUGAAGGGUGAAGUGUCAAGGUAUAAAAGAAAAUAUAAGGACUCCAGCCAAGAACUAAAUAAGCUUCGUAAAGAAACGGAAGAGGCUGCAUCCCGUAGCGGUACAACCAUGAGUGGAGAUCAACCCGAUGAAAAACCACCUCCUGUUAAGAAGGAGGAACCAGAUCCUGAUGGCUGUGCGGAGGGCGGCGGGUGCGCGGGCGGCUGUGCUGGCGCGGGGGUAGGGGGCGCGGGUGCAGCCGAGCGCGCCGGCAAGGAGCACGCGCGCGGCAAGCUGCACGACCAGGACCAGCUCAUCAAAGACCUCAAGCAGCAGCUCAAAAAAGCUGUGAAUGAACAAAAAGAACUGAAACUAUUAUUAGACAUGUACAAAGGUGUGAGCAAAGAGCAGCGCGACAAAGUGCAGUUAAUGGCUGCAGAGAGAAAAGCGCGGCAGGAACUCGAGGACCAUCGACAAAAGGCUAAAAUGGCACAGGAGAGUAAGCGGGAGAGGCGGUUGGCGGACGAAGAUGCGCUGCGCAAGAUCAAGCAGCUGGAGGAGCAGAAGUACGAGCUGCAGAAGCAGCUGUCAUGCGCGCGCCCCAGCGCCGACCCGCUGCACGCCUUCUCCCGCCCCUUCGCAGGCUCGCAGGAAGAGGAGGCGCUCCUGAACGAAAUGGAGGUGACGGGGCAGGCGUUCGAGGACAUGCAGGAGCAGAACUCGCGGCUCAUCCAGCAGCUGCGCGAGAAGGACGACGCCAACUUUAAGCUGAUGUCGGAGCGCAUCAAGGCCAACUCGCUGCACAAGCUGCUGCGCGAGGAGAAGCAGCUGCUGCAGGAGCAGGUGGUUACAAGAGAUCAACAAAUUGAAUCAAUGGGUGCGGUUGCCCGGCGGUUAGAGGAAAAAGAGAGGUUGUUACAAGCGACUCUUUCGGCUGUAGAGAAGGAGCUACUUCUCCGACAGCAGGCCAUGGAGAUGCACAAACGUAAGGCCAUCGAGUCCGCGCAGUCUGCCGCAGACCUCAAACUGCAUUUAGAGAAGUAUCACGCUCAAAUGAAGGAAGCACAACAGGUUGUCGCCGAGAAGACAAGUGCACUAGAAGCGGAGGCAUACAAGACAAAAAGAUUACAUGAGGAGCUUGCCAUCCUCAGGCGUAAGGCCGAACGGAUGAAAAAGAUGGAACAGGCGGGCAGUAGUAUGGAUGAAGUGCUACUGGAGGAAAUCCGGGAGUACAAAGAAACCCUAACAUGUCCAUCUUGUAAAGUAAAGCGCAAAGACGCCGUCCUUACGAAGUGCUUCCACGUGUUCUGCUGGGACUGCUUGCGGACUCGAUACGAGACGCGGCAAAGGAAAUGCCCCAAGUGCAACGCGGCCUUUGGCGCUAACGAUUACCACCGACUCUACCUCUCUACGUAA